CCUCCCAAACACUCUCUUCGUCGUGCGAAGCCGACGCCGACGCCGACGCCGACGCCCGCACGAGCUCCGGACCGGACGACCUGGGUGACUGGGUGAGAAUGGGGGUGCCGGAGGCGGUGGCGCUGGAGAUACCUGCCGCGGGGGAGGAGGAGGAGGAGGAGGGGUCGUCGCCUCCGGUGGCGGCGGCCAGGGUACCGCCGCGGAUCAGGAGGCGGCUCCUCCAGGGUCGCGCUCGCGGGGGAGCGCCGGCGACUGCGGAGGAGAUCGAGGCCAAGCUCCGCGAGGCGGACCUCCGGAGGCAGCAAUUUCAUGAAGCAUUAUCGUACAAAGCAAGGCGUACAGUCAGAUGCCCUCCGUGUUCACCUCAGGAGGAGGAUCCCAAGCAGCGCCUUGAAGCAAAGCUUGUUGCUGCCCAUCAGAAAAGGUUAAGCCUCUUGGCAAAGGAACAAAAUCGGCUUGCUAAGAUGGACGAGCUGCGUCAGGCUGCUAAGAAUGACACUGAAUUGAGGUUCAAGAAGGAAAGGGAGGAACUUGGCAUGAAAGUUGAAUCUAGAGUUCGGCAGGCAGAGGAGAAACGCAUACAGCUCAUGCAUGCUCGUUCGCAGAGGAGGGCUGCACUGGAGGAAAGAACGAUAAAGUACCUUGUGCAGAGAGUGGUGUGGGAAAACAAGUACAGGGAGCGUGUACGCUCCGCGAUCGUGCAGAAGCGAACUGCGGUUGAGAAGAGACGGACGGGGCUGUUGGAAGGUGAGAAAAAGAAAGCCCAGGGUAGGCUUUCACAGGUCCAACUUGCUGCCAGGACUGCAUCUUGCCAGAGAGAGACUGACAGGAGCAAGUUAAAAGAACAACUAGAAGACAAACUUCAGAGGGCAAAAAGGCAGAGAGCUGAAUAUUUGAAGCAGCGAGGAAGUCCUCACAGCUUUAUAUAUAAUGCUUCAAUUAAACAUGGUGAUUUUCUUUCAAGAAAGCUGGCAAGAUGUUGGAGAAGAUUCAUAACAUCUAGGAAGACAACAGUGGUGUUAGCUAGAGCUUUUGACAUGCUAAGAAUAAAUAAGGAAUCUGUUAAGCCUAUGCCAUUUGAAGAACUAGCUCUUUGCAUUGAAUCUGCCACAGUUCUUCAGACCACAAGGGCAUUUCUUGAUCGCUUGGAGAGUCGUUUUAUUCUAUCUCAAUCAUCAAGUCCAUCAUCACCAGAAAAUAUCGAUCCUCUUCUCAAGCGUCUGGGAUCACCAAAGAUGACCCUAUCAAACAGUGGGGGAAGAACUAGAGUAGCACCAACAAAGGUGGCUAGAAAUUCUGUUGUUAGCAAGCUACCUAGGUAUUCACCAAGGGUAGUUCUUUGUGCUUACAUGAUACUAGAUCACCCAAGUGCUGUUUUUAAUGAAAGAGGUGAGCGAGAGAAACUUCUUAUGGACUCAGCAGAAAACUUCGUGAAGGAAUUUGAACUGCUGAUUAAGACAAUACUUGAUGGAUCAAAUGGUGCGUGCAUAUUAAAGCAGCCAACGUUAGAUGAUCUGUCUCCUGGAUCUUCUAAUUAUCAGGAAUCUUCUGCCGUUGUUGCUGAUCGGAAGAAAUUCAGAUCUCAGCUGGCUUCUUUUGACAAAGCUUGGUGUGCCUACCUUUACCACUUCGUGUUGUGGAAAGCAAAGGACGCAAAGUCACUAGAGGAAGAUCUUGUCAGAGCUGCAUGCAAACUUGAGCUAUCAAUGAUGCAAACAUGCAAAUAUACUGCUGAAGGCCAACCAGAGAACCUUAAUGAUAAUUUAAAGGCCAUACAGAAACAGGUUAUGGUAGACCAGGCACUUCUAAGGGAGAAGGUUCGGCACCUGGGGGGUGAAGCUGGUAUUGAGCGGAUGGAAGUUGCUUUAUCAGAAACUAGGACAAAGUUUUUUGAAGCAAAGGGAAACAUGAGCUACUUGCCAAUACCUAUAAAAAAUGUUGCAUCUACAUCUUCUUCUGGAGAAUCUCAUAUUUCUGACAUUAUGGAGAAUUCCAACACGAAUGAUGGAAGGCCAAGUCAAGUUAUUCAAUCUUUGUUCAGAGUGCCCUCUUCACCGUCCAGAAGCAACAUUGGAGAAAUCACCAUUAGCAAUCCAGUAACAGUGAGCAGCACUGUGCCAGAAAAACAGCCAACAGAGAACGAGCAGAUAGUCAAUGAGAUUCUUCAUGAUUUUAUAGCUGAUAACAAUAUCGAGAAUGUCGAGGGGGGUUUCAAGGAAAAAGUAAGGGAAACAAUGGAGAAAGCUUUUUGGGAUGUGGUUAUGGAUUCACUUAGAGGAGACAUGCCAGACUACAGCUAUCUGGUUCAGCUGGUAAAGGAAGUCGGGGAUGCAUUGCAUGAGAUGGCUCCUAAAGGGUGGAAAGAAGAAAUAACCAACAAUAUUGACCUUGAAAUCUUGUCCCAGGUACUUGAAUCAGGCACCCAGGACAUACAAUAUUUGGGACAGAUUUUGCAUUACUCUCUGGGUGUGCUGCGAAAAUUAUCUUCUCCUGCAAAGGAAGACGAAAUGAAGAGAAGCCAUGACAAAUUAUUGGGUGAAUUGACUGUACACACUGAGUGUAAUAACGGAGGUCCAAAUUCAUUUGUGAUUGCUGUCAUCAAAGGUCUGCGCUUCACUAUGGAAGAAUUAAAGGCUCUGAAGGCAGAUGUGAGUAGAGCACGUAUCCAACUAUUAGAACCAAUUAUAAAGGGCUCAGGUGGAGUGGAAUACCUUCAGAAGGCUUUUGCUGAUCGCUAUGGAUCUCCUUCCAAUGCAUCAGCUGCUCUCCGUUCAACUGCUCUGUGGAUUUCCACAUCAAAAGAUACUGUGGAAGUAGAAUGGAAUGAGCAUAUCAACUCCUUUUCAAUUCUGCCAGCAACAGACAAUGCUCAACCACUUGUUGCCACCCUGCGAUCAGGUCAUGGAGUUCCAGAUCAGCAACAGUCUACAAUACCUGCAGCAGAUGAUUUGGAACUACCGGAGUGCAAAGGUGAAAGGCUUGACAAGCUAAUAAGGAUCGGGUUAUUACAGCUCAUCAGUGGCAUAGAGGGCGUGCAAAUGCAGUCGAUACCUGAGACCUUCAAGCUCAAUUGGUUGAGGCUAAGAUCUGUACAGUCCCAGUUCCAACAAGUGAUUGUAAUUGCAACAAGCAUGCUUGUGCAGCGUCAGGUUCUGGCGACCGACGACCCAAGCAUCACCCCCACAGAACUGGAAAACGCGACCUCCGAACUGUUCAACGCGCUCACAGAGCUACUGGACAACUUCGCCAAUGCUAGCACUGCCAAGAUCAUGGAGGCAAUGAUCCGUUCAUCCACCUCAACAGCCGGCAGCACCUCGUCAGAUGAAAUCACCGAGAGCAGGAAGCAGAUGCUGACCAGGGUCUUCCUCAAAAGCCUCCAGACCGACGACGCCGUCUUCAAGAAGGUCUCCCGCUCCGUCUACUGCGCGUUCCGUGCGGUCACCCUCGGCGGCCUCGGCGGCGGUGCGAGGGGCCGGAAGCUCGGCAACGGCGCCCUGAGGCGCAUCGGCGCAACGAAGCUCACCGGCCGGGUGGUGAAGACGGCUGGAGUCCUCAUCAGAGCCGCGACCAUUUCAGAGCAGGUCCAUGGCCCUUGGUACAGUCACUUGCUGUGAUCGAGCUUCGAGCCUGUGCACGGUUCGUUUCAGCGAAAUCUUUACUGCCAAGUGUUCGUGAAGUACUCCUAUCCCAAAAAAAUAAUUAAUUCUAGUUACGAAUUUGGACAUACAUAUACCCAGUUUCAUAGUCAAGAAGUUGAUUUUUUUUUUGAUACAGGCACACGAACAUUGCUCAUGUGCUGCUUGCGUGCAUAAAUAACGUAGACGACGAUGGAUGAUAUUGCCGUGCUGAUGAUGUUCAUGCGUGUGUGAUGUGAAUUUGUGAUGUAUGUAUAUGCUUGUAUAUAAUAUAUAUGGAACUUAAAAAUGGUUUCGUCGA